AUGUCUGCCGAGGAAACCACAGUGCCCGACCAGAUCAUUCCAUUCCACCUCUGGGAUGAUGUGCCUUAUGCGCGUAGUGUCUGUCUCAACGUGACUCUGCGCUUCGAUGAAGUUCUCGACCACCUCAAACUCGAGCGGGCCUUGACCGAACUUUUCCAACGGUCAGAGUGGAGGAAGUUGGGAUCUCGCGUUCGUGAGAAUGCUUCUGGCAGGCUGGAGUAUCACCUCCCCGUGCAAUUCUCCAGCGACAGACCAGGCUUCGGCUUCUCAACAGCUCAGCAUGAUAUGCCUAUAUUGUCUCACCCACAAGCCUCCAGAAUGCCCAGCAAGCCCCAAACACACGGGAUCCAUGUUUUGGGCCGAAUGUCCAGCUUCACUUCAAUCACGAAACAUCCCAACGCUCCAUGCGUACUCCAGGACUACCUCUCUGCCGAUGUACCCCAGCUCUUCAUCCACGUCUUGAAAUUCACGGAUACGACCUUGAUCACCGUCACAUUCCCACAUACUCUAUUCGACGCAAUGAGUCUGUCUUACUUCCUCAAAGCCUGGACAUCCAUUCUCUCAGGACGUAAAGACCAGGUACCGCCAUUCCUCGGCUUCAAUGAAGAUGUCUUCGCAGCCGCAUCCGAGCCCGUACCCGCAGAACAACACGUCCUCUACAAUCAAACCUGCGGGAACUUGAAACUCGGCGUCUUUGCAUUCUGUCGAGAAUGGGAAGCCUACUGGUACCCCCAAGUUGAGGACAGGGCCGUCGUCAUCCCACACGCCUACAUUGAGCGCCUACGGGCAAAAGCUCUCAAAGAACUUCGAAUCCAGACACCCAAGGGCUUAGGUCCGGACUCAAAUCCUUCCAAUGAGGUCUUCAUCAGCGAAGGCGACAUCAUUCUCGCCUGGCUCUGCAAAGCUCUCGGAAUCGCCAUGGACGCGUACCCAUCCACCCAGGUCUGCAUAGCAAAUGUCUUCGACGCGCGGUCCAUACUCGGGAUCUCCCAGCGUGGCGCGUACAUCGGCAACGGCACUAUCCCAUGCGUGACAAUUCUCAGAGCUCAGAAUCUCCAAGAGGAUCCCGUAAGCUCGUUGGCUCUGCGCGUCCGUCAGUCACUGCUCGAGCAACGUGACAAAUCGCAGGUCUAUGCCAUGGACGCGAUGCGGAGGAAAGCCAAGAAGGAGACUGGGUUUCUACCCGUCGUGGGAGACCCACGCCAUAUUCCGAUGAUGGGCACGAAUUGGUACCGUGCGCGGCUUUUUGAUCUUGAUUUUUCGGCGGCGAGAGUGAGGGUGGAUGACGGUCUGCGAAGUGAGAAGCCGUGCAAACCUGUUUAUAUCAACAAUGCGGGGCCGGAUCCUCUAACUGCAAGGUCUAUAAGAAAUUUCUUCACUGUCAUUGGCAAGGAUGGUGACGGAAACUGGUGGUUCCAGAUCUUAGCUCGUGCGACAGCAUGGAAAAAGAUAGAAGAGGUUCUUCAUGAAUUGGCGGUAGAGGUUUAA